UCCAUCCCUAGAGAGACACUUCAAAGGCCACAGAGAUGCUGUCACUAGCGUGGACUUCAGCCUCAAUAAGAAACAAUUGGCAAGUGGCUCAAUGGAUUCGUGCUUGAUGAUCUGGAGCAUGAGACCUCAGAUGAGAGCCUAUCGCUUCGUGGGCCACAAAGAUGCAGUGUUGUGUGUUCAGUUUUCACCCUCUGGUCACCUCGUGGCUUCAGGCUCUAGAGAUAAAACAGUUCGUUUAUGGGUUCCCAGUGUCAAAGGAGAAUCCACAGUGUUCAAGGCUCAUACGGGAACUGUCAGGAGUGUUCAUUUCUCCAGCGAUGGCCAGUCCUUGGUCACAGCUUCUGAUGAUAAAACCAUCAAAGUGUGGACAGUUCACAGACAGAAGUUCCUAUUCUCACUUAGUCAACACAUAAACUGGGUUCGCUGUGCCAAAUUCUCUCCUGACGGGCGAUUAAUAGUGUCAGCCAGCGAUGACAAAACUGUGAAGCUGUGGGAUAAAACGAGCAGAGAGUGUAUCCAUUCCUUCUGCGAGCACGGCGGGUUUGUGAAUCAUGUGGAUUUUCAUCCCAGUGGUACCUGCAUUGCUGCAGCUGGCACAGAUAACACAGUGAAGGUGUGGGACGUUAGGAUGAAUAGACUUCUCCAACAUUAUCAAGUUCACAGUGCUGUGGUAAACAGUCUUUCCUUUCACCCCUCUGGAAAUUAUCUGGUUACUGCUUCCAAUGAUUCAACUCUUAAAAUUCUGGAUUUGCUCGAGGGACGACUUCUGUACACGCUUCAUGGUCACCAGGGACCAGCCACCUGUGUAGCAUUCUCGAGAACUGGAGACUUCUUUGCUUCUGGGGGCUCUGAUGAGCAGGUGAUGGUAUGGAAGACCAACUUUGAUGCAGCGGAUUAUGGUGAUGUGCUGAAGACACAGAAAUCUGGCACUAGUGUGGAUGGAAACCAUUGCAGUCAGCAGUCAGAAAUGGAGUGUGGUGUUCAUCUGAAGAAAACUAAACCUCAAGAUCCUGCUAGGAACCACCACCACCAGCAGCAAGAGGAGGAGACCAUUGCAAAUACUCUAGAGCAUAUUGUGGGACAGCUGGAUGUUCUGACUCAGACGGUUUCCAUCCUGGAGCAGAGGCUGACCCUCACUGAGGACAAGCUGAAGGAAUGUCUUGAGAAUCAGCAGAAAAUCAUUCAGAACAAAGUGAACUGACUGCAAGAGAGAAGUGAAGGUGCUUGGAGGUUUGAGGCUUGGUGGUUUGGGUUUUUAACAGUGUGUGUGUGUAACUUUAAUUAUUUUGAGAGCAACUGAUUUUUGAUAGAAAUGUACAGUUAUUAUAUCUGUAAAUACAAAGCUUUGUUACUUUGCUAAAAUAAAGAGGUUUUUAUUCAU